UCCGAUGAUAUCUUAUGUAGCAUAUUUAAAUAGCGACAUUAGAUGUCUUAUUAAGCUAGUUGAUCAUUCGUUGUGAAAAAACGUAUUUGAAUUUUUAAAAAAGAAAAGAAAAAGUGAAGAUUUCUGAUCUCUAUUUCCAACCAUGCCAAACUCAGAUGAGAUAGAAGAACAAAAACCAAAAAUUCCCCGUUAUCAAAAUGUGGAUGGAUUCUUAAUUCCAGGAAUGUUUUCAGUCGAGGCUUAUAAAUCUGCCCUGGCUUACAAACCUCGAUCAGACGACCUAUUCAUAGUGACAUAUCCCAAGUGUGGGACCACUUGGGUGCAGAACAUAGUAGGUUGCAUUUUUAGGAACGGUAAGCCCUUCAGUUCGGCUUUAGAAUUUUUCACUGAAACCCCCUUUUUGGAGAUGACUGGUGCGGAGGCUGCAGAGAACAUGAAAAGGCCUGGGGCCAUCAAGUUUCAUCUUCCAUACCAUAUGGUACCGUAUUCUUCAGAGGCUAAAUACAUUUUUAUAGCCAGAAACCCAAAGGAUUGUUGUGUUUCCUUGUACCAUCAUACGAAGAAUGUAUCCGGAUACGGCUUUAAAGAUGGUGAAUUCGAGGAUUUCUUUGAAUUUUUCAUUAACGGGGAAGUGGAUUUUGGUGACUACUUUGAUACAACGCUCUCUUGGUGGGAGCACAAAAACGACCCAAAUGUGCUUUUCCUUACUUAUGAAGAAAUGAAGGAAGACGUAGCAAAAAGCGUUUUGAAAAUAGCUAGUUUUAUGGGCUCAGAAUAUAAGGAAAAAUUGGAGAAAGAUGAAAAAAUGCUUCGAGAUGUGAUUCACCACAGUAGUUUCAACUUCAUGAAGGAGCACCUGAACCAACUCAUUGAUGAAAUGAGGAGAAUGCCCAAGGAAGCGAUGCAAAAUAAUCAAGAUAUUCCUGUUGGUCUGAGAGCCGUGCUGCUUUCAGAUGAGAGACUGGAAGCGGGUGACGAUUCGAAAUUGGCGUUUAUUCGGAAAGGUAUUGUAGGAGAUUGGAAAAGUAAUUUUUCUUCUGCUCAAAGUGCCAGAUUGGACAAAAAAUUCAGAGAAAAAUUUGCAGGAACGGAUCUUCUGGAAUUGUGGAAAGAAUACAUGUGAUAUUUCACCUUUGCUGUAAAGCUUGGUUUUGCAAUUUGCAAAAUAGGAAGAAGUACUUGGAAAUUGUAUGGAAUGCAAAGAUAGAUAUUAUUGAAAAAACAUUCUGCAUUUUUUAAAUUAAAGUGGUAUAAAAAAGAUA